UCUCUUCAAACGUGCCGAUUGUCGGCAAUGUUCAACAUGUUGCUGAACUAAAAAGUUUAUUUCCUCUAGAAAAAAGCCAUAUUGGGCCCUAAAUUUAACACCAAUUCUUAAUUUAUGUAACUUAAUCUGUCCUUAGGGCUUCUCGAAGAUUCCUGGGAUUUUAAUUUCAAAGUUUUGGUCGAUAAAAAAAGCGGAAACCAAAGGAAAACAUGGCGGCGUUUGCUCCUGCUUUUGGUCAAAGCCUUCGUUCAAGACCUCCUCGGAACCCAAACAAUCAGUCUAACGACUCUCCAAGACAACUGGAAUUCGGUAAAGCAAUGAAGGACUUCAAAACCAUGUUUCCUGACUUAGAUGAUGAGGUUAUUGAGGCCGUWUUGAGAGCGAAUAACGGCUUGGUUGACGCGACUAUCGACCAGUUGCUUUCUAUGGGCGCCGGAGAUGACAACAAAACAACCGGAGGAUUCCCUUAUUUACCUUCAUAUACUGACUCAGGCCCCAAAGAACCUCCCCCAGCUUAUUCUCCGAGAGAAGAAGAGCCUGAAAGUAGUAAUUUUGAGUCAAGGCCUUUGCCGGCGAGGCCGUAUUCAAACUGGAAUCCUCCUCUCCUCGGGAAUCUUCCUGAUGAUUUCCUUCGCCUCAAGCAUGUUAAUCCUGCUUCAAGAMCAACCRCAAGAAWAGAAYCAUCUCCAAACUCAACUACCUUUAYUGACAGACGUGUCGAUAGAGAAUAUGAACAGUUUUUGGAGGACGAAAAGCUUGCAAAGUUCUUACAAAAUGAAGAGUUUGUACGAGAACUCAAACAUGAYAGAGAUUUUAUGAUGUCUCUAGAAAGAGAUAAGCAAAGAAGUAUGUUGCUCAAUACCAACAAGGAUGAUGUAACUGAUACUCCAAUUGCUUCUGCUUCUUCAAAUAAACCAUCAUUUGAUUCUGAAGUACAUUCAAGUAAUCCAAGCAGUAGUGAUCCAGCAGAUCUGUCUCAUCUUGGAGCAGUUGGAGGAGGAGGAGGACACAUCAGCAGUAGCUCUAAUCAACAAAAUGAUGAUGUCGUAUUGAGAGAAAAACUCAAACACAUGGGAAAAAACACCCGCAAAAAGUUAGACAAAAUGGCAAGGAUCUUUCACAGAAAGAARACUAGUCAGAGAGCCAAUCUCAUAUCUGGUGGAGCUGCAUCUACUACCAACCUAUUGGAGGAGUAUGAAGAUGACGAUGACGAUGAGCUAUUAAAUCAUAUGGCUUCUGGUCGCUUGGAGAUAAUGAAUGGAGGAGGAGAAACGGAUGAUAAUGAAAUGGGAAAUAGGAAUAGAGGUCAAGCAGCUUCAAAGGACUCCCUCGAAGCACUCGAUUCACACCAAGUCAAGAAAUACGACCCUAUAGUAUUCUACGCCGAAGACAAUGAAUUUCAAUAUAAAACAGAGAACUAGUGAAUAUGAUUUACAACAAAAACUUUUCCCUUGUGCAAAUGGCCCUAGUUUUUGCUGAAUGUGUUAUUGUAUCUACAGGGUAUGCCAAGGAUAGAUGUCUUCAAGUUAGGAAGUUUUGUGUCAUUAAUCUAGGGAACCUAAGGUUCUGUGACCCAUCCAUCAUGUUACAGGAAAGGUCCAGGCAUGGAGCCAUGGAAGGAUGGGUGCCUUCAUGAUUACCAUUGAUUCUACCCUCCAUCAGUUACAGGGUAGGAAGGUCCAAGCAUGGAGCCAUGGCAGGAUGGGUGCCUUCAUGAUUACCUUUGAUUCUACCCUCCAUCGAGUUACAGGGUAGGAAGGUCCAGGCAUGGAGCCAUCGCAGGAUGAGUCCCUUUUUGCCCUGGCUCAACUUACAGGGAAGGUCCAGGCAGGGCAGGAUGGGUUUUCUUGCUGGUCUGACUUGAUUACCAUUGAUUCUACCCUCCAUCACGUUACAGGGUAGAAAGGUUCGAGGAUGCAGCCAUGGCAGGAUGGGUGCCUUCAUGAUUACCAUUGUUUCUACCCUUAUGGCCUUUAUGGCCCACAGUUAUGCUGAUUCAUCCCUUUUCUCAAGGAAAUCCAGGAAGUGGAAAAUGUGACAAUAAUAGRAUGUGCUGCAAGACAUACAAGUCAUUAUUUAGGGAAAAUAGAUGAAGAGGAUAUUAACGGAUGUUGAUGCAACGACGAUUUUUUUCCGUAGCACUUUGCUGGGCAAAAGUAACAACCAUUUGAAAAGAGAACUACUGUUCUUGCUGAUAAUUACACAGGAAUUGCAGGAAGUUAUUUUUAAAUUUAGUGUCUACAUAUCUAGAAUAUUAUUAGAGUAGACUUGCCUCAAGUCGACCUCUUUUGUCUCUCGCGGGAGCUUUUAAGCAUCAGCGAAGCGAGACCUUGUCGAACGCAACGAGCGAGCGACAAAGUUAAGCAGCGGGCUUUGCGAAAAACUAGAAUAAGAGUAAAACUUAACAAUAUCACUUAUUGCUUUUUUACUUCCGUCUUCAAAUGUUGUCAUAAAGUUCUUUCUAAAAGCUAUGACUCAUUAGCAAUAUUGCCGAUUCACAAUGAUAGAAUCGCAGUUUACAGAAUGAUUUUCCAUUACGGCAUGCUUCCCUCAAACUUUGAAAUGCAACUGGGAAAAAACAUCAGAAGCUAUCUAAAGACAGUCGUUAAAAUCCCUUCGGUUUUUCCGCACACAAAAAAAUACAAAGACAUGGGUGCCAUAUUGGUUCGUACACGAGCAAAUAUGGCGUUAAUGACGUCAUAUGAUAAAUUAUAAUUCUGAAUUCUGAAAUUUCUAUUWUAUAGAAACAUCAUUAUUCUCUGUACAGCAUGUGUAAUCGUGAUUUUUAUUUGAAUUUGUGGGUUAGAAAUAAACUAUUUGGAAGAACGA